GAGCAGUGUUGUAGGAGUCUGCUUGCACGAACGUCUGCCUGUUGAUUUAUCCUGCAGAAACAGCAACAGAGGAUCCAACAUGAUACCUUCAGUUACACUCAACAAUGGGGCAAAGAUGCCUAUUGUGGGUCUAGGAACGUGGAGGGCAGACCCAGGAAAGGUCACUGAGGCUGUUAAGGUGGCCAUAAGUGCUGGUUAUAGGCACAUUGAUGGCGCUUACGUGUACCAGAAUGAAAAAGAAGUUGGAGCUGGGAUUCACGCCAUGAUUGACCAAGCAGUGGUAAAGAGGGAGGAUCUAUUCAUUGUCAGUAAGUUGUGGUGCACCUUCCAUCUUCCAUCUCUGGUGAGAGGAGCCUGUGAGAAGACGCUUAGUGACCUGAAAUUGGAUUACGUGGACCUUUACCUCAUGCAUUUCCCUAUGGGAGCCAAGCCAGGGGAUGAGAUGUUUCCAUGUGAUGAGAAUAACCAGCUCAUUUCUGAUGGCAGCAACUUUUUGGACACCUGGGAGGCUAUGGAAAAGCUAGUGGAUGCUGGUUUGGUCAAGGCUAUCGGCAUCUCCAACUUCAACAAAGACCAGAUUGAAGCCCUACUCAACAAGCCAGGCCUCAAGUACAAGCCUGCCAACCACCAGAUUGAGUGCCACCCGUACCUGACCCAGGAAAAGCUGAUCAACUACUGCCACUCAAAGGGCAUCUCAGUGACAGCUUACAGCCCCCUGGGCUCCCCUGACAGACCCUGGGUGACAUCUGAUGAUCCCUCGCUGCUGGAGGAACCUAAGAUCAAGGCUAUUGCUAACAAGUACAACAAGACUGCAGCACAGGUUCUCAUCAGAUUCCACAUCCAGAGGAACGUGAUCGUCAUAGCCAAGUCAGCAACACCCCAUCGGAUCAAGGAAAAUUUCCAGUUGUUUGACUUUGAGUUGAGUGAAGACGACAUGAAGACCAUGCUGACGGGCUUCACAGAGAGGAGAGCAUUCUUACUACAGUGGGCCUCGACACACAAAGACUUCCCCCUGAAUACUGAAUAUUAGCUCAUCAGAACAUGCUGCACCAUUUCUGCCUUGCACCAACGAUUCAGUUUUCUUUUAAUAGAAUUUACAUAGUCCUAUCAAACUACUCCAUGACCAAUGUGACAGCUGAAUUAUUAUGUUACUAAACUUGUGCUGGACUAAUUUUCAUAUAAUACUCACCACUGGAAUAAUAAAUUCAGUGAAUGUACUGGUGAUAUACUUGUAUAGAGUACAACAGUGAUUGUAAAAUAAAUGUGUGGGGUAAUACCUGACAAAAGGUAAAUGACAUUAACUGUGGGUGACAGAGAUUGAACAUGAUCACUAUGAAUGCUAUGUAGGUACUGAAGUAAGACAACAAAGAAGAUGAGAGGUCAAGUACAGAGAUGUUAAGGUAGAUUUCAGUGGUGUGAUGUAACGAAGUAAAAAUGCCCAGACGGGCUUCUCUGGAGAUACUGGCUAUAUAUAUACAAGAGAUGCUCACAGUGACUCUAUCAUCUAAGGAAUCUUAGUGGCCUCAGUGUUAGUAAGCAGAUUUUAGAAUUAGUGUACAAAACCGUGGUUGAGAGUGUUUUACCUUUUCACCUUCCUGCCUGGUACGGUCGUUUUAACUGUACAUCUAAGAAUAAACUCUCUGGGAUUGUGACAAUGGUAGGUGAAAUAGUUGGCAAGCCACAAAAGCCCUUGACGCAACUCUUUACAGAAAGGAAAAGGACAAAAGUGAGAAGUAUCUAGGCAGAUUGCUCUCAUGCUCUCUUCAGCCAGUUUGAGCUCUUGAGCUCCAGGAGGCGCUAUAGAGUACCCCUGGCAACUACAACUGUAUUUAAGAAGUCCCUCAUCUGAAGUGCCAUCAGUAUUCUUAACUCAACAAAGUGACUGAUGAGUUUCAAACCACAGACAAUGAUAUGAGCUGAUUUAAUAUGUUAAGUGUUUUCUAAUGACCUUGUAUGUUUGUUUUACUCGUCUUGAAGCUUGUUUGCUUUUUAUUAAGUUGUCUCUUGUGUCUGGCGAGCUGAAGACAAAUUUCCAACCUGGUGGACAAUAAAGAUAUAUUCUACUCUACUACUUAGUUUUUUGGGGGGAGUAUCUGUACUUUGCUUGAGUUUUUAUACUUCUGACAACUUUCACUUUUACUCCAGUACAUCUCCCCUAAGCAUCAUAGUGACUUACUACAAAAUAGGGAAGGAAGGGAGGACAGAAGGAGGGAUUGAUGGAUGAAUAAAUGAAGGAAUGGGAAGAAGGAAAAACUGGAAUUUGUUCUCUAAAUCCUUUAAGUUGUGAAUACCCAAUUUCAUCUCAAGUGUAAUGUAACCUCCAUUUUGUAGGUGGUGUACAUGUAAAGAAGAAACCAUUGUAGCCUCCAGUAUCCGUGUGAAUAUGUUUUGUUAGUAUGCUUCUGCUAAGCCUGGAUGCACCAAUUCUCAUCUAUCAUUCUAAGAUUGGAGACUUGAGUCCCACAGUAGAGCGAGUAAGGAUUCCAGGAGAUAGAGACUUGUGAGAGGUAACUGCACGGUGACUGCUCCAUUUUUAAGGUGUACGUUAAGAAGAAAUAAACUUCGUAACCCUCAGAA